CAACAUUCAAAUCACGUACUCCGUGAAGAUUGGAUUAUGUAAACUGUGUUCUUUAACUAUAUGCAAUAAAUGUACUGUUACACUUGAAACAAACAACAAAUUGAAAGUAGAAAAGUCUGAGAGAUUAUAAGCAAUGGAAAAUGGUGUAGAUGGGGCAGUAGAAAUGGACAAGGAGCUCUAUGUUGCCGCCACAAAUGGUGAUCUAAAGUUCGUUGAAGGUGAAGCUCAGAGCGAUGAAUAUCUAUGUAGGAAAACCCAUGAAAAUAACGUCAAGAUGGCCAGAUUCUUGUUAAAGAAGGAUUCUUACUUGGCUUAUAUCCUCAACGACUCAAAGGAAGCACCUCUUCAUCUUGCAAUCAAACACCAUGUUAAUUAUUUUGAGAGCGAAUCAAUAAUUGUCGGAGUUGAAAAGCCAAUCGACGAGGGAUGAGCAGGUUUGGCAACAAAAUAUGUAAACGGAGAAGAUAUGUCAAGUAUGAUAAAUUUUCUGAUAGAGAAAGGAAGAUGUGUAACAUGUUGGCCUGAUGCAAAUGGUUCAACUCCUCUUCAUAGAGCAGCAUCACUCAGCACACCUUAUAAUCUGGGGGUUGUAAGAACCAUGCUUCAGCAUUGGCCACAAUCCGCAGAGGUCUGUGAUGCAUCUGGUAACACCAUCUUACACCUUCUGGUAUGUAGGAUGCCCAACUACCAAGAAGGUAAAAACUUGCUCAAAUUUAAAGAUAUAUACACCCUUAGGAAUUAUCAGAACCAACAAGGAAAUACACCAUUACACAUCGCUGCGAGGAAUAUGGACAUCAUCAUGGUGCGGGUUCUGUUGGAAUCCUCAACCAAACUCUGCAUUAAAAACAUGGAAGGCAUCUCAGCAGCAUCUUUGAUUCAACAUCAUAAUCUGCUUGAGAUGCUAAGGAAACGAAAAAUGACAUGGGACGAAUGUGAAGCAGCAGAAAUAGCAAACAUAACAUUUCUACGAAAAAGAAUGAGUAUCUUAGGAGUGGAAUUUUUACUGUCACAAGAUUCUGAGAGAAGGAAUAUCCUUCACAGAUUAUUGCACAUAAAGGAUGAUAGCCGCAUAUUAAAAGACGACUUUAUAGAUUUUGUCGAACAAGUUAUUAGUAGCUUUUCGGAACUUGUUUUUCAAACCGACCUUAACCAAGAUACUCCAGUUCAUGUACUUAUGCGAAAUGAUCCUACUACACCAGUUCAAAUUUAUUCGUAUAACAACCAACACAAUAUCUUAUCUUCCCCAUUGUCCGAAUCUGGCAUUUUGCCCGUGUUACUGGAGCUAUGCAAUCAAGGUAUCCUCAUUCAACAACGGGAUCAGGCUAGCCUUAAGGGAACUUGUUACGACCCCCCAUGGUUGGUGCAAAAUGUAAAAGGCAAUACGCCACUCCACGAAGCACUCAUUGCCAAUAAUAACGGAUUGCUGAAAAGAUUGCUAAGGUACGACCAAAGGUCAGCUCAUUUAAUCAAUAAAUGUGAUGAGACACCCCUUCACCUGCUUGCUGGAUGUCCCCUGUACGUGGAGUCACUCAAGAAAGAAGACAUAAAGUUAAUGGUAAAGGUAAAUAUUGAAGCGGCAUGUUCGAUUGACAAGGAGGGCCUCACCCCCUUACUGAGAGCAUUUCAAACUGGCAACCUGUCUACAGCUGCAAUACUAUGCACAGUUUCUUCAGAAGCGGCACAAACUCCUGACGCUAAGGGUCGCACAUUUUGGCACCUGGUCAUAAAUCAUCCAUCUGGAUACUAUUUCUUCCGCCUCCUUCGUGAUGAGGCUUUGAGAAAUCUAUUGAAGCUAAAGGACAAAAAUGGAAACACGCCGCUGCAUUUGGCAAUUGAAGGUAACCGAUUUGACCUUGUACAAGUUUUCUUUGAAACUUGGGAACUUGAACGCAAGUCGUCAUCAGAGGUUAAAUGGCUAGUAGAUCUUCUACAAUUACAAAACAAGGCUGGUAAAACCCCUGGCGAUCUAAUAGGAGAAUCAUCAUGUCUACCUCCCAAAAUAGAAAGAAGCAUUGAGGAUAAACAUGAAUUGAUAGGCGUUCGAAGUAUGUGGGGCAUUCCUACAACCGAGACGAAAACCUACGUGAACACGAUGGGUAUAAUAGCAGCUCUUCUAACGACCAUAACCUUCACAGCAGCAUUUACUGUUCCUGGUGGACUCAUUCAAGAUAAGGGGACACCAAUUUUGAUAGGACGAGCAGCGUUUCAGGUUUUUAUGAUCUCAGAUGUUUUAGCAAUGUCCUUAUCAAUGAUGGUAUUAUUUUGUCUCCUGUGGAUCAUGGCUACUGGCAACAGUAAAAAUUCCGUCGUCAUAUUGGAUUUUAGCAUAUCACUGCUCUUAGCAUCAUUCUAUGCCACUAUUAUGACUUUCAUGACGGGUCUUUAUGCGACAUUAUUCUCUGUUAAACCUUGGAUUGCUAUCGUCACUUUGGUUCUCUGCUCUCUGCUCUCUGCUCAUGCUUCUAAUCCACAAAUAUAUCGUCAUCAAGUUGCUUAUUCCUUUCAGAAAAGCUACAGUUAUUUUUGUUACCAUGUUUUGGCGCUCCACUGCUAAAUUUUGUUUAAGAAUCUCUAGUUGUUUUGAAACUAAAUCUUGUACAAGAAUUUUUGGUUGUUGUAGUUGUUGUUGUAAACGAAACCCAUGCUCGUGCUUCAGAACAUACUCAACUAGGGAAACACAACAAGUGGCCGACGCACUCGUCUAAAUCCCCUCAUUCAUGUGACAUAAGGUUAGAAGUUGUACAUGUGCCUACUCUUCAAUAGUGGUCAUAAAUGUUUUUUUUUUUUUCCUUUGUAAUUUUCAAUAUCUGUCCUAUUGUUUAGUUACUUCAAAUUUGUAUCCAGAUUAAUUUUUGAGGUGCAUCCAUUAUUUUGUUUUAGGCUCUUA